AUGAGCAACAAUAUCCUCGUGGUGGGUGCCACAAGGGGUCUUGGGGCCUCCCUCAGAGCACUAUAUGCCCAAGACUCAACGAGACACGUCUUUGCGACCUCGAGAUCAGAAUCAGCGCCCCAAGCAGAACAAUCUACCACUUGGCUGACUGGUAUUGAUCUCACUCAGUCCGACGUGGGUCAAAAGCUGGUCUCACAGAUUCCAGCAUCUACUAAGAUCUCGACUGCGAUCAUUUCAGCCGGCUACUUCGGCUUCGAAUCCUUUGAUGCCCCAGAUUGGGAAAAGGAGGUCCAAAUGUAUACUACGUCGGCAAUUGCACCGGUUUUCUUGGUGCAUCAUCUUGUCAAGGCGGGCUUGUUGGGAGAAGCCAGCAAAGUUAUCUUCGUUAGCAGUGAGAGCGGCAGUAUCACUCUCCGCCACGAGAAGGAGGGCGGAGGGAAUUAUGGUCAUCAUGCAAGCAAAGCUGCUCUGAAUAUGGUGGGCAAGCUGCUAAGCUUGGAUCUCAAACCCAAGGGAAUUGCUGUUGGAUUGGUGCAUCCAGGUUUUAUGCGGACAGAAAUGACCAAGGGUGUUGGGUUUGACAAGUAUUGGGAUGCUGGCGGUGCUGUUACCCCUAAUGAAGCAGCUCAGUCACUCGCAUUGUUUAUUGAGGACUUUGAUAUUAAUAAGACUGGGGAGUACUGGGCACCAAGAGGGCCUGGAGACAUUGGAACCGCGGAAGACGUCCUUGGAAAAGGCUUGCCAACUCCCUUACAACUCCCUUGGUAA